AUGUCUUUCUUUCCUCAUGUUGGCCCGUGGCGAACACCUGCCGAGGGCCAUCUCACCCCGGAUGCCAAUGGGGAUCUCAAAACAGACUACUCGCGCUGGCGAUUGGUCAAUGAGGAGGGCCGCCAGACAUGGCGGUAUCUCGAAUCGGAUGAGGAGAAUAAAGAGUGGCCGCAGACGAUAGCGGACAAGUACCACUUAGGUCUACCAACCGGCCUGCCAGAACUGCCAGAAGCCAAGACGCCGUUGGCAGCGGCCGAGAAUGGACUGUCUUUCUUCUCGCACCUCCAACUGGAGCCAGGGAACUGGGCAUGUGAGUAUGGUGGACCCAUGUUCUUGCUGCCGGGAAUCUUGGUCACCUACUACGUGACCAACACCCCUAUCCCUCCGGAGUAUGCCACCGAGAUCAAGCGCUAUCUCUUUGCUCGCCAGAACCCAGAGGACGGUGGCUGGGGCUUGCACAUUGAAGCGCACAGCUCUGUGUUCGGUACCUGUAUGAAUUAUGUGGCCCUACGCCUGGUCGGUGUCAGCGAGGAUGAGCCUCGCAUGGUCAAAGCCCGGGGUUUGCUCCACAAGUUUGGAGGCGCCAUCUAUGGGCCCCAGUGGGCCAAGUUCUGGCUCGCCGUUCUGGGCGUGAUGCCUUGGGAGGGUGUUAACCCCGUUCCUCCUGAACUCUGGCUUGUUCCCGAUUGGGUUCCUAUUGCUCCCUGGCGCUGGUGGAUCCACAUUCGCCAGGUGUUUCUUCCAAUGUCCUAUUUGUGGUCUAAGAAAUGGUUCAAACCUCUAGAUGACUUGACCGUGCAGCUUCGCCAAGAGCUAUACACGGAGCCGUAUGAUUCGAUUGACUGGUCCAAGCACCGCAGCUCUGUACAUCCGGCAGACAAUUACUACCCCCAGACUUUACUUCUGACGUUCCUGAAUGAGGCCUUGGUUCGGGUCUGGAACCCCUACCUCCGCUUUCCCAGUCUCGCCAAGUGGGCGGAGGACUGGACCUGGGAGUUGAUUCGCAUGGAAGACGAGAACACCGACUACGCAGGACUGGGUCCCGUCAACAACCCGAUGAAUAUGGUGGCUUGCUAUAUCCACGAUGGUCCAGACAGCUAUUCGGUCCGCCGACACAGAGAACGACUGAAUGACUACAUGUGGAUGAAGAAUGAGGGCAUGCUGUCAAAUGGCACCAACGGUGUGCAGGUGUGGGAUACAACAUUUGUCACGCAGGCGAUUGUUGUCGCUGGAUUCGCUGAUGACCCCAAGUGGCGGCCGAUGUUGACCCGAGCGCUUGAAUUCAUCGAGGACCAUCAGCUACGGGAAAACGUGCCAGACCAAGAGAAAUGCUACCGACAGCACCGCAAAGGUGCCUGGCCCUUCAGUACUAAAACACAAGGCUACACCGUCAGCGACUGCACGGCUGAGGGCCUCCGAUCAACGAUCCAGCUGCAGGAGAUGCACAACUUCCCGCAACUCAUCUCUGCGCAGCGUCUGAAAGACAGCGUGGACUGUUUGCUGCUCAUGCAGAACCCAACUGGUGGGUUUACCGAGUACGAGACCACGCGUGGCUCGCCCAAGCUCGAGUGGCUCAACCCUGCAGGAGUUUUUGGCGGCAUUAUGAUCGGCUACGACUAUCCGGAGUGCACGACCGCAUCUGUAACUGCACUUUCACUUUUUAGCAAAUACUACCCCGACUACCGCGCCGACGAGAUUCGUGCCGUCAAGAACAAAGCUGUCGCCUACAUCAAGCGUGCGCAGCGUGCGGAUGGCAGUUGGUACGGGUCGUGGGGUAUCUGCUUCACAUAUGCCGCGAUGUUCGCGCUGGAGAGCUUGGCUAGCAUUGGCGAGACCUACGGCGCCAGCGACAAUUCUCGCCGGGGAUGCGACUUCUUGAUCUCGAAGCAACAGGCCGACGGAGGCUGGGGCGAGUCGUACCUCAGCAGCGAGAAGCACGUCUAUGUCCAGCACGAAAAAUCACAGGUGGUUCAGACGGCCUGGGCCUGUCUGGCAUUGAUGGAGGCGCGCUACCCGCACAAGGAACCACUGCAGAGGGCAAUGAAGCUGUUGAUGACCCGCCAGCAGCGCAAUGGAGAGUGGCUGCAGGAGUCAAUUGAAGGUGUCUUCAAUCAGUCCUGCAUGAUCUCUUACCCUAAUUACAAAUUCUACUGGCCCAUCCGGGCUCUGGGCCUGUACGGCCGGAGAUUCGGCAACGAGGAGCUUGUGUAG